AUGGAGGACGAUAAUCAGGAUGGCCCAUUUGCAGUGUGGCAAAUGUUUAAUGCUCCCACAAUGGUUCUAUUUAAUAACUUGGAGCAUGCAGCUGAAGGUUUGGACAGGCUACUUACUUCUAUCUUGAAACUAUCAGGAGAUUUUUCUGAAGUGUUAGUUCCUCGGGCAGGAUCCUCCAAAUAUCCAGACAGUUAUUAUCAUGCAUUCAACACAUGGCUUGUCGGUAGAUUAUUUUAUGUGUGGUCUGUUGAAGAAUUAAACAGGAUUCAUGCAUCAAGCAAGGACGCUCAAUUGAAAAUUCUAAACAUACUGUGCAUGAAUGCUGCAUCUUUUUAUAAUAGUUUGCACUCAGAGUAUGUUUCUGUUUUAACAAAACUAAUUCAGUACUACAAAAGGAAUCAAGGUGAAAAACCAAAUGAACUGCUACUAGAAAACUUUACAUCAGAACAAAUAGAAAUACCCAAUGUACAACUUAACUUGGAACCUAUUUAUGUCAAUGUUAAAGACUUGCAAACAUGCAAAACCUUAAUAGAUUUAAUAUUACAGCUUCUGGCAGAGACUCUAGCAACAAAUUCAAUUUAUAUUAACAAACACAAGAAGGAGUAUAGCGAGCUGUUUACUGAUAUUCUGUACAUGCUUGAACAUUACAGUGCUGAUUUAAAAUUGUACUCCCUCAGGUUUUUCAUAACCUUGAUAAGUAAUUAUGAGCAAAUUGGCAUUUGCAAGUUCCAUCAAUGUUUCCCAUCAGUUUAUCAUGAUCUGCUUUACUGCUUAGAAGCUCUGUUAAAGUCAUUAAACAUAUAUUUUGAAAAAGGAGAAAUAGAUGCCAUGUAUUUGGAUGUCUUAAAUAAACUAAUGUGUACCUUUAUGAAAAGCAAUAGUAUACCUGAUAAUGAAAUUAAAGAAAUUCUUUUGAAUAUUUGUACAGUCAUUCUAAAGACACAAGGAAAUAAAAUAUUCAGUAAUGAUUUGAAAUUAGAAUGUUUAUCAUUGAGUAGAAAUGUUGAUUUUCCGAGAGAUUUAAUAGAUGUAUCAAGUAUGGAUGCAAGUGAAAUUGAUGUUAUAAGGCAGAACUCCUGCAGACACAUACUGGCACAUGUUAAAUCGAACUUAGAAGGGAACGGACCUAUUGACUCUGAAGGGAGUUGGUUUUACAAACAAGUUCUACAUGUAAUAAAAUCAAUAAAAGCCUGUGAGGACAGUAAAAUUGAUAUAUUUUUAAUAAGUUACCAUUUGAAGAGGUGUUUUUCUUGUUUGGGGAUACUGCAACAUGUCAAAAUUCAAUGUGAGCAACUGCAAGAAAAACCUAAGAUUGAGCUGCUAGCAAAAGAAGAUAUUCAUACAAUUUGGGGAGCAUUAUCAAAGCUGAUUGGUCAUAACAAGAGCAUAAUUCUAGGAGACAUUAACUGUACCAAAUUGUAUAUGGAUAUCCUAUUGAGCACUGUUAUUUUGUACGAAACACCCUCUGGAGAAGAUUAUGAUAAAAUUCUUCAACUGAUUUGUUUACAAAGUAGCACACAGUUCUCCGAACACAGGGUCAUCAAUAACUUUGGUUCAUCAACAACUGAAAUAACUUCAGGAUACAGUGACAACAUCAAAUCAAUGAUCCUGAAAUAUAUGUUAAUAGUUCACCUGAUUCUUAAAGUUAAACCAAGUGAUGCAUGGACCCGUAUAAUGCAUAAUCUGAUAAAUGGUUUUCUUAAAAAUAAGACUACAAACAUGUAUAAUGAAGUAAUACCACUAUGUCCACUAUUGAUGCUAAAUAAAAUGAUUUCUGCAAGUAAACUCAUAGGUGAUCUAUUAAUGCCAGCAUUUCUGACAAAAGACUGCGAUAUUCAGACUGAUGUGGCCUCCGUUCUACCAUCCAUUGUCUGCAUGUCACUGGGAACCUAUGAAAUUGUCAUAACUAUACCAAAAAACUGUUUUGGACAUUGCAUAUUUACAAACAAUGCUAUAAAUCUACUACUCAUAUGUUCUAAAUGUCAUAUGUUAGACAAAAAUAUAUAUUCAGAAGAUUUUCUGGCUACAGUCAAUCAACAUAAAAUUCAAGUUUACUCUGAGAGCAAUACUUACAAUCCAAAUCAACAUUCAACGAUAACAAGUCUUAAAGGCUUGUUUGCAAAGUUUUUGAACUGGAAGCAGUACACAGUUCUAGAAAGCAGUGGUUACUGGGACUUGCUUGGCAGACUUUGUCAUCAUUUCUAUGUACUCAAUUAUGGAGUACCUGGUGAGAUUUUGAAUGAGGACAACAGUGAGCAGGUUCUAAAAGCCUUCAGACCAUUUAUUGAUAAUACUUGUGUUGAAGAAGACCCUGAAUGGAAUACUCACAAAGACUCAGCGUUUAGCUUAUGUGCCAACGUUCUGGUAAAGUCAACAAGGGCUAGUUUAGAAAAUAAUGAUAACAUGUAUCAGACUACCACACUGAACCUCAUAAAAGAUUUUGGCUUGUGUUCCAAUGACAAAGUAAUUUUGCCAGUGACAAAACUAUUUGUUUAUUUUAUAAUGCAUCCGCAGUGUUCUCUUGGACCAAAAGCUGUGGUUAGUCUGAGGGAUGUCUGUGAGUUCCAUGGGUAUACACCCAACCAAGUUUACCACCGAUAUAAGAAAGACUACUGUAAGCUGUUUGUUGAGUGUAGCUUGUACAGUGGCAAAGACUUUGCUAUAUCACUCCUCAAAGUUGUGAGAGCUUUCGGCUUCGUUGGCUACAGAGAUUUCAUUUCUAAAGACGUACAUCACUUCCUGCCAUACUUGAUGCCAUACUCUGUAACUAUAAAAGAAGUUCCGUCUAUGAUUGAAGAAAUCGCAUCCCUAGUACAGUGCUCAGUUUCAGAUUUCUUGAUUGAAAGAUUUCCCCACAUUUAUGUUCACGUUUCUUUAACCGAGUCCAACGAAGUACAGAAAAAAUGCCUCGAAGUUAUUGCGAAGCUUACCAAAACUUCUGUAUUGAACUUAAUAAAGAGGCAUUUUAGAGUAAUAUUGACGGAAUUUUUGCUACAAUAUUGCUGUGAUGCUGAAAAAGUGUUGAAAGCUUGCAGAUAUUUGGCUUGUCAUGAUCCCGAUGUGUCAACACCAAUUGGAACUAUGACUAUGAGUACAUCACAAAUUGCGGACUUUUUGAACCCGAAGUUUUUAGGUGUCCUGGCUUAUUUUGACCACAAGUUAGUUAACGCGAAAGUGGCGUUGUCGGUGAAGCGAAAGGCACUAAAAAGCUUUCCGGACAUAAUGCAACUGAUGGGAGUAAAAUACUUGACGCCUCUGAGGUUCAAGGUCCUGGCUACUCUGAGAUCUGCUCUCCAUUUGGCGAAGGAAUUUCCAAAGAUUCUUGCUGAAGCAUGGGGCGCGUUCAUUCAUAACAUUGAUACCAUAUCUCUGGGACCUCUCAUGUCCAACUUGGCAGUAUCACUGUUACAGCAGUUGGAAUACGCACCUUAUGAAAUAAAUAAAAUAUUCCACUACCUUGUUCUGAACAAUGAGAAUUUGUUGAGUUCUCAUAUAUCCGACCUUUUCUUCUUAGAAGAUACGAAAAUAUCUGAUAAAAUAAAGAUGGUUAUAAAGAGACAUGUGAAGAGGACCCAGCCUGAUGGGUUUUUGGACAAGAUCAAGUGGUAUUUGCAGCACUUGAACCAUGACAUACCCUGUAUAAAGGCGUAUGCGUUCUCACAUCUGGACAAGUUGCUGAAGGGCAAUAGGUCGGAGAUACAUAAGGCUAUAUUUGGUGGCAAAAAUAUAGACCCUGUUAUUGUGGAGCUGAUAGACUCAUUGCUAUUAGGUUGUAAAGACCCGGACGCUAAAGUAAGCCUCUCAAGCGGUGCGUGUCUGGGCCAACUAGGCGCCAUAGAGGCAGGUCACUUGCCGCGGCAGUACGUGCAGCCCGAUCGCUCGCCCUUCGCCUUCUCUAUAGGCGAUGACUGCUUUGCUGCCACGGCGUUAGUGGAACUUUCUAGAGCUUUCCAGUAUGAGAAGGAUACCAUGAACAUGGACUGUUACGCUUUAACGAUUCAAGAGAUAUUGAAAAUUUAUGAUAUAUCGCCUACUGGCAGCAAGAAAGAUGUAUGGGAGAGUUUUCCUGAACACAUGCAUCAAAUUAUGCAUCCUUUACUAAGUUCAAGGUACACUUUGGCAUAUCCAUCCCAACCAAAGAAAGCCCAUCCAUUGUUUGGUUCGACUUACGCAACUACCUUUUUAGAAUGGGCACAUAAUUGGGCUGGACAAUUAAUUCCGCUGAUAGAGUCGGAAAGCAUUCGGGAACUCCUGCGCACAGUGCACCCGAGCAUGCGUCGUGACGUCAGAACGCUGUUUCUGUUUCUACCUUACGUUUUGCUGCACGCGGUCAAGUCUAAGAAUAAUGCGCAGUACAUACAAGAGGAGAUUUUAGCUGUCAUAGGUCUAGAGAACUUCGAAACUGAAAAUGCAGUGUCUAUAGAGAGAUACAAAUAUAAAAUGCUACGACAUAUCAGGAUGACUCCUAGCAUCAACUCUGUACAGACUGAAGAAGGCAAUCAGAGCAAAUGCAGUAAGACAAUAUACACCCUACUGGAUUUCUUAAAUAGAUGGUUACUGGAGUGGUGUCACUCAAAGCAGCGUCCGAUGGAAAAUGAAAACUAUAAAGCAAUAUCAUCAUUUCUAGACAAAUUCGACAAGCUAACGAUAGCUCGCGGGAACUUCGUUUGCGGCGAGUUGGAGCGAGCGCUGCAGUACCUAGAGUUCUACAUGGACGAGAGGAAAGACAAGAUGCAGGAACAACUGCCCUUCUUAGCCGAGAUAUACGCCUUGUUGGAUGAACCCGAUUCUGUUGCUGGUAUAUUAUCCAUGAAGAGAUCUGAGCCAUCUCUGAAGGAAUUGAUCUUAGCUCAGGUAGUGACGGGCAGGUUACAAGACGCAGCGCUUUGCUACGAACGAUUGGCACAAGAGGGCCAGUUAGAUAGACAUAGUUUACAGGGUAUGAUUGACUGCUACCUAGGCCUGGACCAGCCGUUCACAGCAUACAGGUUACUCAGUGAACAUGAAGACGAAGACGGUAUGAAGGAGUUGUCAGCUGAACCGCUGUGGCGCCUCGGACGGUUUGAGGAACUUGAUGAACUUUGUAAGAAACCUGUGCCACCAUCCAAAGAGAACUGGGGUCUCCUAAUGGGUCGUACUCUACUCGCGUAUCGUCAACAAGACCACGAAGCCUUCACCAUAUCUUGUAAAGACACUACAAGUAGAUUACUAGCUCAGAUGGACUGCGAGAGUAAAGGGGAGAACGCUUUGAGGAGCGGGUACCAGAGUGUGCUUGGAUUACAUAUUAUUACGGAAACUAGUCACGCUGAAGAAGUGUUGCAAAGAUUAAAAGAUCACAACGAUGGCGAUCGCCAAAGCAUAGAGAUUUUGAAUCAGUUGCUGGAUGAAUGGAGACGACGUCUGUCAGUCGUGCAGUCUGACGUCAGAACUAUAGAACCGCUGCUAAGGCUCAGGAGGAUAUUGUUGCAACAAACACAGCAAUUAUUGGAGCCAACGCAUCCUUUAACAGCGGGUCGUUUGAAGGCUUGUAUAGGGGACCUCUGGUUGCAAAGCGCUAAACACGCCAGGAAAGCUGGAAUAUUCCAACAGUCAUACAUGUACGUGCUGAAUGCUGAAGAGUACCAACCCGAGGAGUUGUUCAUAGAGAAGUCCAAGAUGUACUGGGCGCGGGGACAGCACGAGCAUGCCUUCACUACGCUGCGGCGGGGCUUGGACGAUACGUAUCCUAUGUUGGAACAGCUCAAUAAUGAUCAGAGGAAAAUAUGUGCUAAAGCAAAACUACUGAUAGCCAAGUAUAACGACGAGACCACUAACGUUGACGUUGACGUCAAUAUCGGAUACUACAAGGAGUCUGUUGAAGUGUUCAAACAGUGGGAGAAAAGCUUGGUAUGCCUAGGAGCUUACUACGAGAAAGUAAGCACGGGCGACGGUGUCAGCACCAACACGAUGUGGUCGCGGCGCCUGUACGCGCUCAACAGCUACGGCAAGGCGCUGCAGUACGGACACAAGUAUCUCUACCAGAGCAUGCCCAGGAUGCUCUCUAUAUGGCUAGAAGUAGAAGUAACAUCGACAGACACGAGCGCUCACUCGGUGCUUGCUCAGAUGACGGAGAUCAUCAAGACGUACUCGGAGAGACUGCCCCUGUAUUUGUAUCUAACGGCGUUCUCGCAAAUCGUGUCUAGAAUCUGCCAUCCUGUGAAAGAGGUCUACCUACAACUAAAAGCGAUAAUAGUGAAGCUAAUCCUAGCGUACCCCCAACACACUCUUUGGAUGAUGAUGAGCGUCAUCAAAUCCAGUUACCCUCAACGUAUCAAACGCUGUGCCGAUGUGUUCACUGACCCGAGGCUUAAAGAGCCUAGCAUGCUCAAACUGAUCAGUGAUUUCACUCAACUGGCUGAAAAAUUAAUUGAGUUGUGCAAUAAACCGAUUGCUGGGAGUUCUUCGACAACAACAGUGACUGCACUAGUAAGGUCAUUGCCCCGUCUCCUUGCUGGUGAAAACUUCAGCCACAUAAUGAUGCCGUUCCAAGAGUUCUGUAAGAUCGUGCUGCCGUCCAAGGCGGCACGACAAGAGAGGAUAGACUUUAACAUACCCACCGAACCGCCCGUGUAUAUCGCUGGCAUUGAGGAGCAGAUUAGUAUAUUGCCUUCCUUGCAGAAGCCUAGGAAAGUUACUUUAAAAGGUUCCGACGGCAAAUCCUACAUAAUAAUGCUGAAACCCCGCGACGAUCUCCGCAAAGACUAUCGGCUAAUGGAGUUCAAUGCAGUCGUGAAUCGUUUCCUACAAGAUGCGCCGGAGACCAGACGGAGAAGACUUUAUAUACGAACUUAUAGUGUGUUGCCUUUGAAUGAAGAGUGUGGCCUUAUAGAGUGGGUGCCCAACUUGGUCGGACUCAGGCCGAUACUGAUGCAUAUUUAUAAGCAGAAAGGAAUUCACACAAGUAAUCGUGAGUUGAAAGAGAUGAUGUGUGCCAACAAGGACCCGGUCGAGAAGAAGCGACGGAUUUACGAGAAACAGUUGCUACCGCGACACCCGCCUGUCUUCCAGGAGUGGUUCCGAAGAUCAUUCUCCGAUCCUUAUGGAUGGUAUCAGGCAAGAUCAGCUUAUAUCAGAACUACUGCUGUGAUGUCUAUGGUUGGAUACAUUUUAGGUUUAGGAGACCGUCACGGCGAAAACAUUUCCUUCGACUCAACGAACGGCGACACGGUACAUGUGGACUUCAACUGUUUGUUCAACAAGGGAGAAGCAUUCGAGUGGCCCGAGCGGGUUCCCUUCCGACUCACCCAUAAUAUGGAAGCUGCUAUGGGGCCGCUCAAACAUGAGGGAAUGUUCAGGAAAAGUUGCGAAGCAGUAAUGCGUGCUCUUCGCGCGCAAACCGCGGCACUAAUGUCAGUGAUCGAGCCGUUUGUGUACGAUCCGCUCGUCUCGUGGGGACGCGUGCGGCCCGUCGACUGCGGCGAGCGGACCAACGAGCAAGCCUUGCAGCAUUUGUUGCAUAUCAAGCAACGGCUCAAUGGAAUGGUGAGGACGAAGAAUAAGCAGCUAUCACUGUCUUUGUCUCCUGAAGGUCAAGUGGAGCACCUGAUAGUGGAAGCGACCAGCAUUCACAAUCUCUGCCAGAUGUAUAUCGGAUGGGGACCUUUCUUGUGAAGAAAAUCUUACUAUUGAUACCAAAUAUAGUGCCUCAAAAACUGUGAUUGUAAUAGUUUGUUAAGCUUAAAUAUAUUUGUAAGAGUAAAGUUCAGUCAAGUCAAAAGACUAUAAAAUUGCACAUCACUUUUUGUACCUUAAUGCAAGUUGUAAAAUAAAUGUUCAUUUUCUUA